CUUUAUGCCUUUUAUCAAUUUCAAAUAAAAAGUUCAAGCAAAAAUCUACCUGUUUCGAAACACAGGCAAAACAACAAAGCGAAACUUUGGACAUGCAUUCUGGCAGGUUAACAAAACUGUUAGAUUUCACAACACAACAAUUCAAGCAAAACAAAUGAUCUUUCAUGAAUCAAAAGGUUCGACUUACCGGGAACUUUCUUUUAUAAAAAAAAAUAUUUUGCAAUUAACAAAUAACACGUCUCAUUCCACACAAAUUAACCACAAAACUGAUUUGACAAUCUUCAUUCUCUCUUUCGCCGGCCGCACGCAUCUCGUUGUUUUCUCGCUCGUUGUUCUCUCUCGCAGCUCGCUAGCGCGCUCUCGCACUCAAUACGCAAUCUGUCAGCUAACAAGGCAAUAUUCAUGAAGGUGCGCACUUUUUGUUGCGCUCUAAGCUGUUAUUUAUGAAUUAUAUCAAUCUUAUAUUAAAUACUCAUUUAAUAAUUUAUUACAUAUUCAAUCCUGCAACCCAUAAUCCCUACAGUAAUAAAUGUAUUAUUUUUCUUUCCAAUUUCUGGCAUAUAAUCACUAAUUUUGAACAAAAGCAAAAUUUCCCGGGAAUUCCCGGGAAAUAGCAAAAAUCAACUCUCGAUUCCCGCAAAAUUGAAAAUCUCCAGAAUCGUCACCCUCUUUCUGCAACAGACAAAACUUGUAUAAGUUACGGCGUAAAUCGAGUCGUGGUGUCAAUAUAGCGUUGCCUUCCGCUUUCACCUCUAAAGAUCAGGAUGUUAAAUAAACUUUAAAAAUCCAAAAACCAUAAAAGUAAAAAACUGUGAAAGACAGAAAAACCUAAAAGCUUUUUCCUUAAUUUUCAUUUUUGUUUCUCUUUAGAAAUUUUAAUAACUCAAUUUUAACUGAAUUUAUUUAAACAAAUUAUUCUUUUAAGUUACUCACCUACAUCAAAAACCAGAUUCCUAUAUUGAUGGCAUCAAUGUCAAAUAUAUGUUAUUUGAAGAAUGUGGCGGACUGAUAAAAUCCAAAAUUGGUUCAACCAUUUCUAUGACGUCUGCAUUCCAAAGUGUCAGUGAUAGAAUGUGCCCGAUGAUAAAAUUUUGGAUUUUCCCACAGCAUCAAGCGACGAUAAUCGAAAUAUUUGGAAGGAACAUGAUAAUUUCGCCGAGAAAACGAAACCAAAUAUAAGCGAAUGGUUGGAAAGAAUCUGCAUACACUUUUUGACGAGCGUUUCACAAGAAAGCAGUUCAACCUUAAAAAAUCUAAAAUGCAGUUCAAUAAGAUUCUAUUCGUGGUUUCAGUUCUAGUCCCAGCAUCCCUCGCCAACCUCGUCUGCUACCACUGUGACGAUUGUGCCCUCCGAACGGCAGUGAUUCAACCCUGUGGCUUCAACGAUGACACGGAGAGCCCGGUGCAGACUGUGCCGGCCGUCAUCGAGACCACCACCAGCUAUCCGUGGCCAACGAUCGUUCUGACUACGGCCGGCGGUGAUGACGAGAGUGUCGUUUCGAGAAACCCAUCGGACAGGCCUGGUUCUUCGACCACAACUUCGGGCAGACCCGGAUCGGACAAGCCAAACGACAACGGAGAACCGUUGCUGACUCCUCCGACCGCUCCGGGCACCAUCUAUCCGGUGCGGCGUGGAGUUGCUGGAGUCACGCCGUCGAUUGGACAGGUUGAGCAACGUUACGGGUGCCUGACUAUGAAAUCAGUUGAUAAAAAUCGUAAAGUGAUUCGUCGAGGAUGCGUUCAACUUAGCCUUCAAAGGGAAGACAUUUGCAAGUCUGAUUCCUCUAAAUCUGAACAACAGUGUGAAGUUUGCUCGAUUCAUCUCUGCAAUAAUUAAAUAAAAAUAGUUUUACCUUAUUUUAAGUGACGACAAGGCUGUGUGUAAAUAAACCAAAAUACUUU